CCGAGUAUUGCACUGUGACAUUUUAAGGGAACAAUUUCAAUGAAUCUGUAGUUUACACAUUGGUAAUAACAUGACUGAUGUAUUUUUAUAAUCUAAAUAAAUGCAUUCUUACACUUCAAUUUAAAUUAUAUUGCUAAAGGGUAUCUUUUGUGAUCAGAACCAAUGAAAUAAAAUAAUGUUAUUAUCCCAGUUGUAAUGGAAGUCCUGUUGCUGACAAAAUAACGUAACUUUUAAAGAUGUUUUAAAUUAUUUGCUGAAACAACAUUGUAAAAUCAAAAUUACUCAAUGUUACAUAAAAAGUAUGAGAGAAGAUUAAAGAAUUUUAUCUAUACUCUGUCCCAAGAUAUCCUUGAUUCACAUUUUGCUUCAUCACUGAUUCAACAUUUAUAAAUUCCUCAGGGUUAAAAUAAUGUUCAUUCAAAAGGGGAAAAAAAAUUCUCAAAUUUCUUUUUUUGAAAUGCCUCCUCUAGCUUAUUAGGUUGCAAUACAGGACUAAAAAAUGUGAUGCCUGCUGGGAUUUUAUAUUGCAACAGACCUAGAUGAUAACAUAGAAAAUUUUGUGAAGUAUAUUCCGAGUGACUUCCAAAUGAAGAAAAGAUGUAAACAUUCCCUAUUAUAAAUCUCCAUAAGAAAUAUGUUCUUGAUCCAGUGAAUUUUUCCGAUUGAAAAAUGAUGUGUGAAUGAUGUUAUCUUGGAUAUUUCCUUUCAUUUAUUUCAAUUGCACUUUUUUGUUACAGGUAUGUGCGUUUUCAUUCAAAAUUGUCCAAAUGUGCUGCAUACAUAUCCCACCAUGCAAACUGGACUUACACAAACUUUGACAUAAUGAUGAAUAUUAUAAUUUGAGCAUUGUGUCUCUUUUUAGCAUGGAUUUUCUCGUAUAUUUUUCAAAAUCUUCAAUAUUUUUUGUCAGAACAAAAAUAGUCACAGGAUUUCAUAUUGCAUCAAAACAGUAAAAUUUCUGUCAAAUACCAAAGUAAUUACUGAAUAACUGAUAUAUUAAAAGAAGAUGUUUUUGUAUCAACACAAGGUUCACCGUAUUGUCAUUCAAAAAGCCAUGCUUUUGAUUUACCCUGGGAACGAUCAUGAUAACAACGUUAGUCAGAAUCCGAUAAACACGGGAGGAUUGGGGGACGGAGAUCAAACGCAAUUCUCGGUACACGUACAAUGGCCGAUUUGUUGUCUGUAAAUCUGCGGGUGUGGGAAUAACAAAAAUACCAUAUGGACUUCAUAGUUGGAACUUGGAGUUUUUGUUAUGAUGCUAUCAAACAGGGGGAAGAGAUGUUCAGGAAUCAGACAAACUGUAUGGACACGAUAGAGAAGACGAUUAAUUAUAUUGAGGAAGACGAGCUUUACGGUCCUUGCAUAGUGGGGAGGGGCGGGCCCCCGAAUUCCGCCGGUUACCGCGAGUAUGACGCAGCACUGAUGGAUGGGGCUACCUUGAGAUUUGGCGCAGUUACAGCUCUUAGAGGGAUACCUAACGCUGUAUCUGUGGCUCGGGCAGUGAUGGAGCGGAGCCCCCACAGUAUGCUGUCAGGGGAAGGGGCGGGGCUCUUCGCUAAAGGUCAGGGGUUCAUCUCCAGGGAAACACCAACGCCUCAAAAUACUCAAGUUCCGGGAGGAGGUCACGACACUUUAGGCGUGAUAGCCGUGGGACAGGACAGGAAUCUCGCUGUCGGUGUGUCCACUAGCGGUGCCCCCGGGAAACACCCCGGCAGGGUCGGGGAUAGCGCGCUGCCGGGGGGAGGACUUUAUGCAAACCCCCAGGGUGCGGCCUGUUGCAGCGGGGACGGGGACGAGAUCUUAAAGUUCUGUCCCUCCUUCCACAUUGUUCACCUUAUCUCCCAGGGUCGGAGCCCUCAGGAUGCUUGUGAAGAAGUAGUCCAAAAUAUAUACAGACAGAAUAAGCACAUGGAGAUCGCUGUUAUAGCGGCAGAUAUCAAGGGUCAAUAUGGAGCCUGUUCCACUGUACAGUCUUGGACCGACCCUCUGACUCAGAAGCAGUACCCAGGAUUCCCUUAUGUCAUCUGGUCUAAGGACUUGUCCUGCCCUGAAAUUAAGGUGGCUCCCACCAUCUCCUGAUUACAAGGGGGACAACUCCUGGAGGACCCCCCCCCCCCCCCCCCCACUAUUGUAAGA